GGCCACUUCCGGUGCUGCUGUGCUUACUGGGAGGAAGAGGCGGGUCCUAGAUGCUGGCUCUUGCGCAAUCAGCCUGGUGGAGAGCAAGACGAGAUUAUCUGGUGGUGGCGGCAUGUCGUCGGCUGCUGGAAUUGUUUGCUGAUGGCGGCGUUUUUGGCAGCGGUACUGGCCCGGAGAGUGUGGGAGUGAAGACAUUUUCAUGGAUAUGAAACUGGACACUGAGUUGGCACUGAAUUUCAGCUGCUGGGUAAUCUUCCAUUUCUGGAACCUCCUUGGCUUCCUGGUAAAACCCAGCUGUGCCUUCACCCUGGACAGGAGCAACUGGUUUGGAGGCACGGGGGGUGCAGAAGAUCUAUUGUGAGGAAGCCAAGAAGUGGAUGUCUGCCUCCCCUGCUCCCUCCCACAGGGCACGGAUGUGAAACUCACCCAGAGCGGACGCUGAAGCGCAACUGCCGGGUGUUCUUCCAGUUCUGGAGACUGCACAGCUUCCUGCUCAAUGCCAGCUGGACCUUCUUCCGGGAGAGAAGCAACUGGGGAGACUUGGAGAGCAAACUACAGGAAGUGCUGAGGAAGGAAGAAGGAUACCGUGGAUCAUGGUGGAAGGCCCACGUGGACGCAAAGCAGCAAGCACAGACACAGCACAUGACCCCAGGAGCUGCAUCAGCUUUGGAGACUGUCGGACAUAUUGCUGGGGAAAGCCAGACAUGAGCCUCCUUCAGCACCGGACACAGCCUAGGAUCCUGCUGGGCUCAGGACCUCCCCUCCCAUCUCUAGUCCCACGAGGAAUGUUUGUUCCCGUUCUCUGCUGGGGGAGUUUUUUCAUGGCGGGGCCUCAUCCUCGACGAAGCUGUGGGACUCAGAGCCAGGCUCUGUGUGGCCCGACGAUCCUGCUGACCCCGGCCUCCUGCAGACCAUGGGCCGCCAUACCCCUGGCCGCAUUUCCAGCUUUUCAAGUGGGAAGAAACCACCCCGCGUCCCAGGACUUGCACUUCUGUGGGCCAUCCUCAGCAAGACAUUUUCAUGGAUAUGAAACUGGACACCGAGUUGACGCUGAAGUUCAGCUGCUGGGUAAUCUUCCAUUUCUGGAGCUUGCUCAGCUUCCUUGUAAAACCUGGCUGGGCCUUUGCCCUGGACAGGAGCAACUGGUUGCUGACAAGUAUCUUUUGGUCAUUCUUGUGAAUGUCUCUUCACUCUAUGAUGAUUUCCUUCGCUGUGCAAAGCUUUUCAUUUCAUUUGAUCCCAUUUGUUUGGUUUUGCUUUAG